CGGAAGCGCUCGCCCGCGCGUCGCUCACUUCCGCUGGGCCGGUGGCAGCGGGCGGCGGCGGCAGCAGGACAGGAUCCGCAGUGAGGCGCAGAGAGCUGCUGCGGCGCAGCCUGGGAGCUCCUGCUGUUCGCUGGAGAGCCAUCGACCUAGGGGGGAAAAAAAGGCUCUGCAUAAAUCCCAGGGACGUGCUGCUAGCUGGAGACCACUAUGACGGACUCCAAGUACUUCACUACCACAAAGAAAGGGGAGAUAUUUGAGCUGAAAGCUGAACUGAACAGCGACAAGAAGGAGAAGAAGAAGGAGGCUGUGAAGAAGGUGAUAGCGUCUAUGACCGUCGGCAAAGAUGUCAGUGCUCUCUUCCCGGACGUGGUGAACUGCAUGCAGACGGAUAACCUGGAGCUGAAGAAGCUGGUCUACCUUUACCUGAUGAACUAUGCCAAAAGCCAGCCAGACAUGGCUAUCAUGGCAGUCAACACCUUCGUGAAGGACUGUGAGGACCCAAACCCACUGAUCCGGGCUUUGGCUGUGCGGACCAUGGGCUGCAUCCGCGUGGACAAGAUAACAGAGUAUCUCUGUGAGCCCCUGCGGAAGUGCCUGAAGGACGAGGACCCUUACGUGCGCAAGACAGCAGCUGUCUGUGUGGCAAAGCUCCAUGACAUCAAUGCCCAGCUGGUGGAGGACCAGGGCUUCCUGGACACCCUUAAAGACCUCAUCUCAGACUCCAACCCCAUGGUAGUGGCCAAUGCAGUAGCGGCGCUCUCAGAAAUAGCGGAGUCUCACCCGAGCAGUAACCUCCUGGACCUCAACCCCCAGUCCAUCAACAAGCUGCUCACGGCCUUGAACGAGUGUACUGAGUGGGGCCAGAUCUUCAUCCUCGACUGUCUGGCGAACUACAUGCCCAAGGAUGACCGGGAAGCCCAGAGCAUUUGUGAGCGAGUGACGCCCCGGCUGUCCCACGCCAACUCAGCGGUGGUGCUCUCAGCCGUGAAGGUGCUGAUGAAGUUCAUGGAAAUGCUGUCGAAGGACCUGGAUUAUUAUGGCACGUUGCUAAAGAAGCUGGCCCCACCCCUGGUCACCCUGCUCUCCGCAGAGCCUGAGCUGCAGUAUGUGGCUCUCCGCAACAUCAACCUCAUCGUGCAGAAAAGGCCUGAGAUCCUGAAGCACGAGAUGAAGGUGUUCUUUGUGAAGUACAAUGACCCCAUCUACGUUAAACUGGAGAAACUGGACAUCAUGAUCCGCCUGGCUUCCCAGGCCAACAUUGCGCAGGUGCUGGCCGAGCUGAAGGAGUAUGCCACAGAGGUGGACGUGGACUUCGUAAGGAAGGCGGUUCGAGCCAUUGGCCGCUGUGCCAUCAAGGUGGAGCAAUCGGCUGAGCGCUGUGUCAGCACCCUGCUCGACCUUAUCCAGACCAAAGUCAACUACGUGGUGCAGGAAGCCAUUGUUGUCAUCAAGGACAUCUUCCGCAAGUACCCCAACAAGUAUGAGAGCGUGAUUGCCACCCUCUGCGAGAACCUCGACUCUCUGGAUGAGCCUGAGGCCAGGGCUGCCAUGAUCUGGAUUGUAGGAGAGUACGCUGAGCGGAUCGACAACGCCGAUGAGCUGCUGGAGAGCUUCCUGGAGGGCUUCCACGAUGAAAGCACCCAGGUUCAGCUGCAGCUGCUGACGGCCAUUGUGAAGCUGUUUCUGAAGAAGCCCACUGAGACACAGGAGCUGGUGCAGCAGGUGCUGAGCCUGGCCACGCAGGACUCUGACAACCCCGACCUGCGGGACCGUGGCUACAUCUAUUGGCGCCUGCUUUCCACCGACCCUGUGGCCGCCAAGGAGGUGGUGCUGGCAGAGAAACCCCUCAUCUCUGAGGAGACUGACCUGAUCGAGCCGACGCUCCUGGAUGAGCUGAUUUGCUACAUUGGGACACUGGCCUCUGUCUAUCACAAACCUCCCAGCGCCUUCGUGGAGGGGAGCAGAGGGGUCGUGCACAAGAGCUUGCCCCCACGAACGGGCUCGAGCGAAAGUGCCGAGAGCCCCGACGCAGCCCCCUCAGGGGGGCAGGCGGCAGAGCAGCCGGCUGUCAUCCCCACUCAGGGUGACCUGCUGGGUGACCUCCUGAACCUGGACCUGGGCCCCCCCGUGGGUGGGCCUCCCAUCGCCACCUCCUCUGUGCAGAUGGGUGCUGUGGACCUCCUCGGGGGUGGCUUGGACAGCCUGAUGGGGGACGAGUCGGAAGGGCUGCGAAGCGAUGUGGGAGGCAGCCCUGCUAUGGGCAGUGGCAGCGGCUUUGCACCAGCACCCAGCACCGCGAUGCCCGCAAACCUGGGGGCACCCCUCGGCAGUGGCCUGGGAGACCUCUUCGAUCUCACCAGUGGCGUGGGGACCCUGUCAGGAUCCUAUGUGGCACCCAAAACGGUCUGGCUCCCUGCGAUGAAGGCCAAGGGGCUGGAGAUCUCUGGCACCUUCAGCCGGCAGGUGGGCUCCAUCUCCAUGGACCUGGUGCUAACGAACAAAGCCCUGCAGGUCAUGUCUGACUUUGCCAUCCAGUUCAACCGCAACAGCUUCGGCCUGGCCCCAGCAGCUCCUCUCCAGGUCCACGCACCUCUUGCCCCGAACCAGUCCGUGGAGAUCUCCCUUCCACUGAACACUGUUGGCUCUGUCAUGAAGAUGGACCCCCUGAACAACCUCCAGGUCGCAGUGAAAAACAACAUUGAUGUCUUCUACUUCAGCACCCUGUACCCGCUGCACAUCCUCUUCGUGGAGGAUGGGAAGAUGGAACGGCAGAUGUUCCUGGCCACUUGGAAAGACAUUCCCAAUGAGAAUGAGGCCCAGUUCCAGAUCAAAGACUGUUCUCUCAACGCAGAUGCCGUUAGCAGCAAACUCCAAGGCAGCAACAUCUUCACCAUCGCCAAGAGGAACGUGGAGGGCCAGGACAUGCUCUAUCAGUCCCUGAAGCUCACUAAUGGCAUCUGGGUGUUGGCAGAGCUCAGGAUCCAGCCCAGUAAUCCCAGUUUCACGUUGUCCCUGAAAUGCCGAGCACCGGAGGUGUCCCAGUACAUCUACCAAGCCUACGAAACCAUCCUGAAGAACUAAGGUGCUGCUGCAGUCCAUCCUCCUCCUCUUCUCCUUUCCCGCCCAAGGAAGCAGGGGCAGGACCCGUGUGCAUGUCUCCUUUCCUUCCUGCCAAGGAACCAGCCCCUGGGAAUGUCCCUCCAGCCCCGGGGCCCUGGAAACCAGUGCUCCCAUCUCUGGUAGGGCUGGGGUGAGCAGAGGAGGGCAGCGGUGUCCCGGCCAGUCCCUGCAUCCCUGUAGAAAUCAAAUCUGUGUGUGAGUGAUGCAGUGUCCUCCUUGCUGAUGUUGCCCCAUCAAGAGCCCUGUUUCACCCUCUGGGUCCCUGUGACUGCGUGCUUUUUUUUUUUUUU